AUGGACGACAAAACGAUUCGGGGUAGAUCUGAGCUCGUUCUGAGUCAUCUUGCCAAAAGAGAUUACAAAUUCAUCACGAAAAUUGGAGAAGGGACAUUUUCUGAAGUAGUGAAAGUGCAAAAUCUAAAGGAUGGAAAAUACUACGCCUGCAAAAAGAUGAAACAAACCAUUGGGAGUCUGGAGCAGGCCCAUAACCUGAGAGAGGUCCAGGCCAUGAAGAGACUCAGCCCUCACACCAACAUACUGCAGCUCCACGAGCUCAUUUAUGACCAGGACACCGGGAUCCUCUACUUGAUAUGUGAACUUAUGGAAAUGAACAUUUAUGAGUUGAUUAGAGGCAGACAAUGCCCUUUGCCGGAGGGGAAAGUCAAACAGUACAUGUACCAGCUUUGUAAAUCUCUGGACCAUAUGCACAGCAAUGGGAUUUUCCACAGGGACGUGAAACCAGAAAACAUUUUGAUUAAACAUGACGUGCUGAAGCUGGCCGACUUCGGCUCGUGCCGGAGUGUGUAUUCCAAACCCCCCCACACGGAGUACAUCUCCACCCGCUGGUACAGGGCCCCGGAGUGUCUCCUCACAGACGGGUACUACAGCCUGAAAAUGGACAUGUGGAGCGCGGGAUGCGUCUUCUUCGAAAUUAUGAGUCUUACUCCUCUCUUCCCUGGAAGUAAUGAGUUGGACCAGGUGACCAAGAUCCAUGACGUUCUGGGCACUCCUGACCGUUCUGUCCUGCAGAGGUUCAAACCAUCGCGUGUGAUGCGUUUCGAUUUCCCUCCGCGGAAAGGGUGUGGAAUUUCACAGCUUAUCCCGCAUUGCUCCGCCCCCAACCUGUCACUCAUGUAUCAGAUGCUUAAAUACGACCCUGAGGAACGCAUUAGUGCCAGAGCAGCACUGCAACACUCCUGCUUUAGAGAGAUUAGGCUGGCGGAGAAGAGAGCCUCCACCCUGCGCAGGGUGAGCGGGACAGCGGACACGGGCGGUGCGGCCACGGUCAGCUCCGUGGACAACCUGUGGCGCAUCGGUCGACAGGGCCGCAGACAGCAUCACCUAAAGCACGUGGCGGACCCACUCAGCAGACGCAACCCCACCCACUGCCCCGUGGAGCUGCCCAAGCUGAACGUGGUUCUCCCCACCCCAAAAAUACCUUACCCCGUCCCAAGCCUGCCGGCGCUCCCCGUCACACACAGGGGGUCGCUCCCAGCCAUCACGCCCAAAAAGUGCCACUCACACUUCACAAAGCCCAGGGAAGAAACACAUCACUCGACUUUUAAGAGUUACUACAUGCCCCCCUUGGAGAGGAAACACGGGGGUUACUGA